UUCACUGGGCAUUCGUCAAACUAAAUUAAAUAGCUAAGUGACUCUGACAGUGCCUGGCACCAGAAGGAACAAAUAAUUCCUCAGCAUGCUACAACAUUUAAUCAUUGUCUUUCUGGGAUUAUUUGUACAAAGUACCUGCUCCCCGGCUGAAGCCACAGGACUGGCAAAAAGAUGUGAUAAGAAGUCUGUUAUAACAAUCAGGACAGAGUGCCAAACCUGCUCGCUGAAUUUUGCAGUCAAGUGUCCAGAUGGUUACACCAAGAUUACCAAUGGCUCUGUCGGGGUUCGAGAUUGCAGGUACACCUUUGAGAUCAGAACACACUCUCUGUCUCUCCCUGGAUGCCGUCAUAUAUGUAGGAAGGAUUAUCUGCAACCUCAGUGUUGUCCAGGCCAUUGGGGCCCAGACUGCAUGG